AUGCUGGAGAACAUGUCCAGACGUAACCGCUCCCUGCUGUCCCUUUCCCUCACCUCAUUGGCCCUCACCCUGUCCGUCUUGGCGUUCUGCACUUCCUAUUGGUGCGAGGGAACGCACAAGGUGGUGAAGCCCCUCUGCCUGUCCCCUGUCAAGUUGAAAAACUGCGGGACGAACAACAGCCAGCCGUAUACCACAGAGACCCCCACCCCCGACCCAAGGAUACCCCCCACCAAUGUGACGUUGUCUCCGCUGCAGAAGGAGGAGCUGGCCAGGUUAAGGAAGAAGCAGUUGGCCAACGCCGUGCACUACAUCUGGGAGACGGGCGAGGACAAGUACAUGCUGCGAUACUUCCACACCGGCUUCUGGCUCUCCUGUGAGAAGCACAAUGAAGGUGAGGAUCAGGAGGAAAAGUGUCGCAGCUUCAUUGAGCUGACACCAGGAGAGACACAAGGUGUUCUCUGGCUCUCAGUCAUCAGUGAGUUCACGUAUAUCGGUCUUCUGGCCAUGGGCUUCCUGCUCAUGUGUGUGGAAGUGAUUUGCCUCUGUGCAAAGAGGGAGAUGAACGCCCUCAAGAUCAACGCCUACGCCGCCAUGUGCACUGUCCUCUCAGGGCACAAGUUUAACGCCUCCUAUCCUCUGCAAAAAGGUGUGGCGAAGGGGGGAAAGCCUCCAGCACCAUAG